AUGUACACUCCGUCAGCAGGCCUGCAUCAGUUUGUUUUGAUUUCGGUUAAAAAAUUGUUGAUUUUAUUUUUAUUGGCAUUCAUGAUGCAGAAUCCCAUUUGCGAACCGUUCACAAGUUGGCCAGCAAAAUUCGAUAUAAACCAGCUAAUCAAAGAGUUCCAGCCGGAGGAAAAGGGGCGUGAGGUGGACCAGGAUAAGUCGCCUCGGGAUUUCUUACAUCUUCCUGACAACAAUUGGGUGGUCCUCCCUAGGUUUACCUACCAGUUUGAGCAUUUGACACCAUAUAUCUCUUGUCGCCAAAGCAAGUACUUGCGGUGUCGUUUUCAAAGGUUUUUGAAUAAUGUUCCUUGCAACUACGUAACCAUCCGCUUAUAUGGCUCCAAUGUCAGCAACAUGCCAACGCCAAGACGAAAGAGUCUGAAUGGUCAGUUUUACGGCGUAGAUAACAAACUUGCUCCUGUUCCCGCCGUCGCAGACCCUCGAUCUCCUCCCCACCGUAAAUAAUAGUAUUUAUUACGUAAAUUUGAAACUAAAAUUUAAGAUCAUCAGCUAAAAUUGGUAUUUAAAUGACAUUAUUUUUUUAUUAUUAAUUAUAAAUCCGUGGUGAGGCAAAUAAAAUAAAGUAUUUAACUUCAA